UGCUGGUGUGCGUGCGUGCGUCUGCCGAGUGAGCCAGUGUGUGUGUGCGAGUGUGCUCUGUGCUCAAAUGCAAUUUACAAUUACGCGCGCCAAUUGGAGCAGUUACCGGUGUGUGCGUGUGUACGUGCGGGAUCAUUGCACAUUGCGUCAACGUUUCAAGAUCACAAUUACAAUUAUCCCCCCUCUCUCUCUGAAUUACGAGAACAGUGGCUAAGCGACCGAACGAAAAAACAAAAAAUAAAUAAAACAAAAAACUAUCAACAAUAAUAAGCCCGCCCGCAACAGCUGCUCUUCGUCUCCGCUCCGUUCCUCUCUUCUCUUCUCCCCUCCUAUCCACAGCACUCUACUCCUCCUCCACUUCUCUUCUCCUCUCAAUUCUCGGCAAGUCUUCUUCUCCCGCCCCUUUGGAAAACGCAGAGGCAGUGGCAGAGCUGCAGAGCCGCAGAAAGCGAUUUCAGUUCAGCGACGGCGGCACACAGGUGCCAUUCGGAAAGUGCGGACGUAGAAUGUUUGCCGGGGAUUCCACAGACCACAGUCAAUUUCACUUUUAAGAAAUUCGGUGGAAGUUGCCUUAGCAGCAGCGUUAGUAAUCGACACUACCUUCUUUCUUUUUAACUGAGGUCUCCCAAAACUCACUCUUCUCACUUCCAUUUUCCCUAAACCCCAUCUACUUCUUCAAGAAGAACGCUUUUGCAUCGGCCAAUAAAAGAGUUAUUGGCUUACAUAUUUGUGAAACUUGUUCCCAAAUAUUCCCCGAAAACUGAUCAGUAAGCAUUUUAUUCAUCACCUUUCCCUUAUCAUCAGUUUUAUCUCUAACUCCUCCCUCCCAUUCCUCUUUCCCACUUUCCCAAUAUUUUUUGCACUUUCUAUUCUUGUUCUGCACUUUUUUACUUGUUCUUGUUUUUACUUGAACAUGUUCUUUUGAUCAACUUCUUCUUGCUUUAAUAGAAAUAUUUUCUUCUUAACGCAUUUGCCUCAACACCAUUAAUUUUAUUUCACUUCAUUUUACUUUGUCACUAGUUUUAGACCUCCCCCCUGCCAACCUCCUUCCAAAUUACCCACCUGUUACCCUUUCUUAACACCUUCCCAUCCCCCUUCACCGAUCACCCCAUUAUCCAUGUGAGAUGAGUGCGUGCGACGACGGUUCGGGAACGGUUUCGCGAACUUCUGACGCCCCCGCUUUCCAAUUCGAUGUCAUGCCAAAGAUAACGACGCCGCCGUCGACGGUGACGCCUACGCCGGCAGCGACGUUGGCAGAGACGUCGAAAACGAAACGACGACGACAACAGCGACAACGGUUAAAAUUGAAAAUAAAUGGCCGGCGGCAGAGGCAACGGCGUUCAGUUAUCAGCGAGCAGCGGAGCAGAUUGGAGCUAGAAAAGCCACCCACAAAAUAAGAAAUAAAACCGGAAUAAACGAGAUCUGCGCCGCCGUCAGUGGUGUUAAUCCAUGUGAAGAAGAGCAGCAGCUACCGCUACCGCUACCCACUAAUUUGGCCCUUCGCAAGGCUCAAUUGAAAGCGGUCUUUUUCGGGCGUACCGGAAGUACUUCGAGCGCUUGCAAACGAACUUCCAGCAGCGGCACUGCUUACCGCACUGCUUACCCCACCAGCAAGACGGAGAAAGGCAAGCCGGUCCAACAGCUGAUCGAUCAGUUCCAGGCCAUGAUUGUCCAGCAGCAACAACAACAGCAGCAGCAGCAGCAGCAGCAGCUGAUUGAGGGGGAGGGAUCGAGAUCGGGGUCCAAGGCCAUUGCCACCGCCACCGCCUCCAAUUCGGAUGAGGGGUGCAACGUCACCGGCGGCGGACUGAGUCCCUAUAGCAGUGACAAUGAGGACAAUACCACAGGCGGUCUAUCCCCGCGCCAGCGGAAGCUCAAGGUCACACGCUGCGCCAGCAGUGAUUCGGCCCUGGGCUUGGAAGUGGACGACAACUGUGGUAUGGAUGUGGUGAUGCCGCCCCAACGUCGAAUGACACUCACUGUGACGGAUUUGCCCCUGCGACCGGCAUUGCUGCCCUUGGCCGAACCCACAGCCCUGCCAGAUUCACCGUCACCCCUCACCUCGCCCACCGGGGGAUCCGCCAGCUCCAGUUCGGUGGGCGGUGUGCCCACCAAGGUUCUCCUCGAGGAGCGAGUGGUGGUGGCUACCCCAGGAUCGCGGCGCGAAUCCACGCAGAGCUCCUACAGCGAACUGGGGGGCAGUGGACAGCCCCUGGGCGUGCGUUACGUCCGCACACCAUCGGUGGUGGUCAGCGACUACUCGGACGACAUAACCGCCUGCGGGAUCAGCAUGGAGGAGAUGGAGUACUUUCGCCUGCAGCGGGCCCGUGGCCAGCGUCGCUGUUCCCUGGAGGCGGGACAUGGUCAUGGACACGGAGGACAUGGGAAUGGCGGUGGCCAUGCGGGAAUGGCAACCGGAUGCGGCUCCAAGGACCUGGAGGGCCAGUCGGAUGUCAGUGCGGCCAGUAGUUGCAGCAACCUCUACUACUGUGGCUCCACCAUUUCCGCUUUGGAUGGCGGCGAGUGCAUCGUGAAUGGAGUUCGAGUGGCGCUGGCCAGGAAGAGCAGCACCCAAAGCAGCAGCCUCAGCGGCGAGGAGGAGGAGGACGACGAGGAGGAGCACCAGCACCAGGAGGAGGAGGACAACCUCGACUACGAGCGGGAGGGGGAUCGCGAGCGGGAACGGGAACGCCAGAUCAGCGAACUCCUGGCGGCCACGCAGCUGGUCGAUCGUCAGCGGGAUCGCUCCAAGAAGAGUUCCGGCUGGCGGAAGAUCCGCAACAUCGUGCAGUGGACGCCCUUCUUCCAAACGUACAAGAAGCAGCGCUAUCCAUGGGUCCAGCUGGCCGGACACCAGGGCAACUUCAAGGCGGGUCCCGAACCGGGCACCGUACUCAAGAAGUUGUGCCCCAAGGAGGAGGAGUGCUUCCAGAUCCUCAUGCAGGAUCUCCUCAGGCCUUAUGUGCCUGUUUACAAGGGCCAGGUGACCAGCGAGGAUGGCGAACUCUACCUGCAGUUGCAGGAUCUGCUGAGCGACUAUGUGCAGCCGUGCGUGAUGGACUGCAAGGUGGGCGUGCGCACUUAUCUGGAGGAGGAGCUGUCCAAGGCCAAGGAGAAGCCCAAGCUGCGCAAGGACAUGUACGACAAGAUGAUCCAGAUCGACGGCCACGCCCCCACCGCCGAGGAGCACGCGGCCAAGGCGGUGACCAAGCCGCGAUACAUGGUCUGGCGGGAGACCAUCUCCAGCACGGCCACGCUGGGAUUCCGCAUUGAGGGCAUCAAGAAGAGCGAUGGCACCAGUUCCAAAGAUUUCAAAACGACGAAGUCGCGCGAACAAAUCAAGUUGGCCUUUGUCGAGUUCCUCAGCGGUCAUCCCCACAUUCUGCCCCGCUACAUUCAGCGUCUGCGAGCAAUACGCGCCACCUUGGCCGUAUCGGAGUUCUUCCAGACCCACGAGGUGAUCGGCAGCUCCCUGCUCUUCGUGCACGACCAGACCCACGCCAGCAUCUGGCUGAUCGACUUCGCCAAGACGGUGGAGCUGCCGCCGCAGCUGCGGAUCGAUCACUACUCCGCCUGGAAGGUGGGCAACCACGAGGAUGGCUAUCUCAUCGGGAUCAACAAUCUCAUCGACAUCUUUGUGGAGCUGCAGGCGGCCAUGGAAGCGGAGGCAUCGUCCAUCCCCACUGCACCAUCACCAGUUCCUGGCGGCGGGGAACAUGAGGAUGAUCAGGCGGUGGAAGGCAAGCCCUGAUGUGGGUUUUUCGGGGGCUUUGGGGCUGGGCCCCAAAACAAAGACAUUUCCACUUCCACUUCUACUUCCACUUCCCGAUUCGAUUACUACCCAAAAUUCCUAGUCUAAGCUAACUACUAUAUAUUUUUUUUUUGUUUUUUUUUACGACCGUUUGCGUACAUUUAACCCCUUAAGUUUAAAAUCAAAGACUGAAACACAAUAUGCAUACAUACACAUAUGUAUUUUUACUAUAUGAUAUGCGUGUAGGAAAUAUAUAGUUUAGCUUAUGUAUACAUUAUGUGCUGCUGCUGCAACCGCUGUUCUGUAGUGUAAUUUAUUUACAUUUAUUUAUCCAAAAAAUACACUUUUUUUGGCGAAUCCCCGGGAGAUCCGAAUAGCUAGAGCUUGGAGAACACCACACCACACAAAGUGAAUAAGAACACCCAAUGCGCAACAAGAAGUUAGCUUUAGACAUUAAUGUACUGGUUAUGCGAAUACCUACUAAAUACUACUAAUUGUGCACUAUUAAAUUCAGUUAAACCAGAA